UGUGUCUUGUGGACUCUAACUGUGGCCUUUUUAAAUACAUCAAGACUCAAGUGCUUUUAAAAGCAAUUUCAUAUCCCACACUCGAAAGCUCAGAAUCUAGCAUGACGAAACCUGCACAACGUCCCUGCACCUCAAACGACAACCCUCACUUCCCAAUCAGCCAAUGGGAGAACCGCGAUUCCUUGUGCACAUUCACCGGCCUCGUCGACAGCAUGCCACUCCUCGAGGCCCGGGUUCUAGAGUCAGAGCAGCUCCUUGAACGCGCUGCUACCAUUAUGACUGGGGUGUUACCCGAUCUACGCGAAACGUGUUUAAUGCGCGAGCGACUGGAGUUCUCUUAUUUCGAGAAAAUGAAAGUCAAGAAGGAACUUUGGGAUGGAACAGCGCAGCUGGAGAGGGAGCCGCGCAGGUAUAGGAUCAGAUGGCUGAAAGGCGAGAGGAAGAAGGUGCGCGUGGCGAUGUGGGAGCAAGCAAAUCAAUCCAAUAAAGACAAUGAUCUUUCGGAGUCGGACUACUCAAAGUACUCAACUAAAUCUGAUUCUGAGGGGACAUUGUGGUCCACAGAUGAAAGUGUAAAGCCCUCAAGUCGCAAGAGGUCGCGAGAUGAAGAGCCGGAGAGGAAGAAGAGAGCGAAGAAAGAUCCAACUUAACCCGAAGUUUUUAUGCCUUACAUUGUAUCAAAACACAUCUCUCAUCUCACUACCCUAGUAAACUCUGUUAAACAUUCAAUUGUACUUAAACCAGUGACGAGUGCUCAAGUAACGGAUCCAGCUGACUGGGGCCUUGAGGUGUUCAAAUCACAUCGUUGUGUUAUUUGUGGGUGAGAGAAACAAAUUACCGUGCGACUCUUUGAUGUGGUUAAACCAUUCAGGAAGUGCACGAUGCAAAUCGGUAAUGUAGGUAAACCUGGGGCCUGCCGCUUGGUUGGAGUCGCGAGUCACGCAGGCCCCAGGCUACAGAGCUUCGCAGACCAACAUGUGACAGUUCUGCGA